GCUUGAGUCGGUAAGGGGAACGCGGUGUUGGUUGUUUUCUUGGCCAUUGCAUGUGUUUGAUUAUGAGAAGUGCGCUGUUUUAAUGUGUUUUAGAGACGGCGAUUGGUUUGAAGAGCACUUCUGCCUUGACCCUACAAGUCGCGCUGCAAUGUCUGUUUAGUAUCGUCACAUAAAUCGGGCAUAGAUAUCGGAGAAGCUGUGAGAACCUGACGCAGUGCUGGAUCACUGUUUUGUAACGGCGUUUGCUGUGAAAGAUUCCAUUGGCUUUUUAUAAAACGUUGAUGUCUGCGAUUGGGCCUGUGCACUAGGGGUGGAGGACUGGCUUUCGGUGGUGGUACUUCCUCACAAGUGUGUUGUGACUAUCUCACUGUGGGUGUGUGUAAACAGUGAAGUGCAGUGAUUCACCUAUGAGUGUGGCCUUUUGCUCUGUUUUCCUGUACUGAAACACAGGAUGCAUAAACAGCAGAUUACCUAUCAUCCACCCACUUAUCAUCUACUUAUCAUCCACUGUUGGUGAUGAAUUGGCGAGCGAAUUCAAAAAGCAAAAAUAAAUUCUGUAGAAGAAAAAGAAAUCUUCUGAAGCUUUGCUUGCUUCAAUGUCAAGAUUAAGAAGGAUGUCCAGCUAAAGAGAUUACAGCUGUAGGACAAGCAAUGAAUUAAAGACAGAAACAAAAGAAGAGAGAAUCAGGAAGAAGGAUCAUAAUCUGCCAAAGACCAAAGACAGGUUAAGACUUUAAAGCAGGCCAAAGAGGAAAAUAUGCAAGAUGGAGAUUGAGGAGAAAAGGUGAAGGACCAACCAAUGCUGAAAUGAAACCUGAACCAGGAUCUACACCUCAGUGGAUGCACCAUCAGUCUUUGACCUCAUGGUGGAAAACCUAGACGUAGGGGAGAUGGGCUGUCUGUACAGAAUUUGUGAAAAGACUUUGGGUUGAGACAAGCUCAGCAAACACUUCGAGAUCUUCUCAAGGAGAAACCAUAAAAUGCCAGCAAACAUGAGCAGCAGCAGCAGCUGUAACAGUACAUUUUCAAAGGACUUGUUACCUCCCAUCUACGGUGUGGAGAUGUGUGUGGCACUGGUAGGAAACAUACUGGCACUGUGGCUGCUUGUGACUAAGGAGAGAAAGAACUGGCACACAGGAGUGGUGUUUUCCUGCAACCUGAUCAUCAGUGACAUCCUUUACGCCCUCACACUCCCACUUCUCAUCGUCUACUAUUCAAGAGGACGGGACUGGGGAUUUGGUGAAGCUCUCUGCAAAAUAGAGCGUUUUCUCUUCACCUGUAACCUCUAUGUCAGCAUUUACUUCAUCAUGUGCAUCAGUGCUAAUAGAUACCUGGCCAUAGUUCAUCCCUUUUUCACACGCAGCUAUGUAAAACCGAAACAUGCCAAGAUUGUCAGUUUGUUUAUGUGGAUCUUGGUGGCAGGCUUGUCAUCUCCGAUCCUCUACUAUUCAGGUUUAAAAAAAAAAAGAUGUGCCUUAUUCGCAGAUUCAGAACAUGGACAUAAAAAGUUAAUAUACAGGUUGUUUAUGGCUGUUAUAGGCUGCCUGAUCCCAUUUUUGGUUACGUUUGCAUCCUAUUUUGGUGUAAUAUGGGUGGUUUUCAAAAAUAACAACAUCACAUUGCUGGAGAAGAAAAAAGUGUCUCUUAUGGUGGCUUUAGUCUGCAUCCUGUACUCUGUGUCUUUUGUACCUUAUCACAUUUUGCAAAUAUGGCACUUUAAACUGAAGCAUUUAAAAGUGACUAAUUCUUAUGUGUGUAAUGGAUACCAAGUCUCAAAGGCGUUAGCCUGCGUGAACAUGUGCCUCCAUCCCAUCCUGUACAUGGCUGUGUUUGACAGUAUCAGGACAGUGUGCUGCAGAAGGAGCUCAACUGACUCUACUUAAUCUACUUUUUUUUUUUUUUUUUGUUAACAUCUGCUAGUUCUACUCUACCCAGUGCCUGGUCUCAUUGCAAGUA